AUGAAGUCGCUUCUGCAACCUCAUACGCUGCUCGUCUCUUUCAUCCCACGAACAUUCGCAGCGCGUAGUUCACUUACAGUUCAUCUCACAUCUUUUCCUUCGUCCCGCAACUACACGCAAACGACACAGCGACAGUUUAUACAAAUAGAAUCCGUCGCAAAUGCGCCUAGCAUUGACCGAUCAGCGUCUAAGCUGUUUGACUCCGCCAAUGCCGCUGUAGCAGACAUCAAGUCCGGCUCAACGAUACUGAGUGCCGGCUUUGGCCUUUGUGGUGUUGCCGAGACAAUCAUCCAUGCGAUUCGAGACCGUGGCGUCGAGAGUCUGCAUAGUCUCACGGCCGUGUCGAAUAAUGCAGGCAUCGAGGGUCUCGGAGGUCUAUCCCUUAUCACCAAGACCGGUCAGGUAGAUAAAAUGAUACUUUCGUUCUUGGGAAACAACAAAGCUCUCGAAAAAAAGUUUCUCACCGGUCACAUCAGCAUUGAAUUAUGUCCGCAAGGCACCUUGGCUGAAAGAAUACGUGCAGCCGGCGCUGGCAUACCGGCGUUCUACACGCCCACGGCGGUGAACACAUUAGUUGAAGAGGGGAGGAUACCAUCCCAAUUUGACGAGAAUGGGAAAGUAGUAGCAUAUGGUACUCCACGAGAGACUCGUGAGUUCGACGGACGGAAAUUUCUCCUCGAGAAAGCUUUACCAGGUGAUGUAGCGAUACUCCGCGCCUGGAAAGUGGACAAGGCUGGAAACUGUAAUUUUCGAUACACAACGAGAUCAUAUGGCCAAAUAAUGGCAAAAGCAGCAAAGGUGACUAUCGUAGAGGCCGAGAACAUUGUCGAGAUUGGCGAGCUGGACUCCAACGAAAUCGACCUCCCUGGUAUAUAUGUUGACCGGAUCGUCCCUGCGACCUCGCCCAAGCACAUUGAAAUUCGUAAGACGCGGCCUACUAAAGCACCAGAAUCAUCUCACCAGCAGCCCCCGGUCAGAGAAAAGCCAGCAAAAUCUGAUGAGCAUGCUGAGCGCCGCGUCAGGAUUGCUCGUCGUUGUGCUGAGGAACUGAAGCAGGGCUUCUACGUGAAUCUUGGUGUUGGUCUUCCAACGCAAGCUCCCGCGUAUCUACCUGAGGACCGGCAGGUAUGGCUGCAGUCAGAGAACGGCAUUCUUGGGAUGGGGCCGUACCCGCACGAGGACGAGGUUGACCCCGAUAUUGUCAACGCUGGCAAGGAGACGGUAACAUUGGUACCGGGCGCAUCAACCUUCGAUUCAGCAGAGUCCUUUGGCAUGAUCAGAGGUGGCCACGUUGAUGUAUCGAUACUGGGCGCGCUUCAAGUCGAUGCCAGAGGGAAUCUUGCCAAUUACAUGAUUCCAGGGAAGACCGUAAAGGGUAUGGGAGGCGCAAUGGACCUUGUGUCCUCUCCCGGCCACACGAAGGUGGUGAUAGCGACAGAGCACGUUGCAAAGGAUGGGUCACCGAAGAUCGUACAGGAUUGCAAACUACCACUAACUGGGGCUCGAUGCGCCAGCACUAUAAUAACUGAUAUGUGUGUGUUCGAAGUUGAUCGUACUUCUGAACAAGGAGGACUCACCCUAACUGAACUUGCUCCUGACACAAGUGUGGAGGACGUGAGAGCAAAGACCGGGGCUGAAUUCAAGGUUGCGAAAGACGUCAAGCGUAUGAAGUAG